UCUUGUGUGCGAGGAAUUCCCUGCUUAAAUACGUUUGCUGAAAUGGGUUUUUGGGCGUCGCGUAGCUGUAGGCCCUCCGUCCGGCACACGGACCCCGAAAGAGAGAGUCUGUAGUUAGCAGGCUAGCCCCAGUCAACAAAUGCUGCUGUUGUCCACUGGAUCUCUCCUGGGCCCUAGCAUUGAUCUUUUGAGAGGUAUUGCUUUGUCGGAGAAAGUGUAAGGACUAAACUUGGCCACCAGAGAUGUAAUUUUGCAAUCCCUCGCUUUGAAUGGAAGGAAAGAUUGGAUUGCUCCCGAAGCUAAAGCCCUAUCUUGCAGCGAUGUGGCGAAAUGGCAACGGAGGGUUGAGCCUGUGAAUUCGGGCUCCUGGAGGGGCGAGGUAGGACUCCAACACCGUGCUGAUAUCGAACAUUUAUCAAGAGAUCAACCUCACCUUGGAGCUGCCCUAUCAGUGUUCUAAAUUAAGGAUAACUAAAACUUUGACUGAAAUGGAUAAACUCACCAUAAUAUCAGGAUGCCUCUUCCUGGCUGCGGAUAUAUUUGCUAUAGCUAGCAUCGCAAAUCCCGACUGGAUCAACACGGGCGAGUCGGCAGGUGCUUUGACGGUGGGCCUGGUUCGGCAGUGUCAGACCAUCCACGGACGGGAUCGGACCUGUAUCCCGCCCCGGCUCCCGCCCGAGUGGGUCACCACACUCUUCUUCAUCAUCAUGGGCAUCAUCUCCCUCACCGUCACCUGCGGCCUGCUGGUGGCGUCGCACUGGCGCCGGGAGGCCACCAAAUACGCCCGCUGGAUCGCCUUCACGGGGAUGAUCCUGUUCUGUAUGGCGGCCCUGAUCUUCCCCAUAGGAUUCUACAUUAAUGAGGUGGGGGGUCAGCCGUAUAAGUUACCCAAUAACACAGUGGUGGGCUCCUCCUACGUGCUCUUCGUUCUCUCCAUCUUCUUCACGAUAGUUGGGCUGCUGUUCGCCGGCAAAGUGUGUCUGCCUGGCUGAGACUCGCGUUCCUCCGUUCUCAACUGGAACUAAAGGCGUACAAAAAAACAACAACUAAAAAAACGCAGAACAAAACAAAACAACAAAAAAACAAUAGCACAGCCAGGACAGGAGGGACAGCAAACGGCGACGGAAACUCGGACAAUAACAGACUAACUAUUCGUGAGGACAGAAGACAAAAACGCUGUACACAGAUAUACGCACGUACACACACACACACA